UACUGUCCAGCUGCAGACAACCAACCGUCCCAUCAGUGGAAGCGUGUGCUUGCCCAAUUAGACACUACCGGCGCUCGGCUGCAGCCAAUGUCCGCCAGUCAGGCUCCUAACAAUCAGGAUAAACACACACAAGCACCCCUGCGCACUCACCGUGCUUUUUUUUUUGUCCCAUUGUCUUGAGACGUAGCGACACGGCAGCUGUCCUCCAGCGCAUAAAAAGAUGGGCAAGGAUCCAAAGAAGCCCCGGGGCAAGAUGUCCUCCUACGCGUACUUUGUGCAAACAUGCCGAGAGGAGCACAAGAAGAAGCACCCCGAGGCCAGCGUCAACUUUGCAGAGUUCUCCAAGAAAUGCUCAGAGCGAUGGAAGACGAUGUCCCCGAAGGAGAAAGGUAAAUUUGAAGAUAUGGCCAAGCAGGACAAGGUGCGUUAUGAGGCGGAGAUGAAGAAUUACAUCCCGCCUAAGGGGCAGAAGAUGAAGCGGUUUAAGGACCCCAAUGCCCCUAAGAGACCACCGUCCGCGUUCUUCCUCUUCUGCGCCGACUUCCGCCCCAAGGUCAAGGGCGAGAAUCCGGGGCUGUCCAUCGGCGACACAGCUAAGAAGCUGGGAGAGAUGUGGAACGGCUCGUCCAUGGAGGACAAGCAGCCGUACGAGAAGAAGGCGGCCAAGUUGAAGGAGAAAUACGACAAGGACAUCGUGGCCUACCGCACUAAGGGCAAAGUAGACUCCGGCUCUGCUGCAGCCGCCGCCGCGGCAGAUGACGAUGAAGAAGACGAGGAGGAUGAAGACGAAGAGGGUGAAGACGACGAUGAAGACGACGAGGAGGAUGAGUAGUUGUCAGGGAGGGAGGGAGGGGCGGGGGCCUGAGAUUGGUCGAUGCCGUAUAACCAACCACAAUGUACUCCAGCCACCACGUUGACGUCAAUAAUGUGUAUAUUUAAUGUUUUUACGAUGUACUGUACAGUGUUAAAAAACAAAAAAACAAAAACAAAACCACAUAUCUUCCCUUUUGGGACUUCUCUGGUGGUCCUUCUUUAUCACUGCCGUCUCCGUGGGCAGGACAGUAUUAGUCUUUAGGUGUUUCCACUCAAAAAUGAGACUUCUGAGUUGAUUGUAAGGUAUUGUUUUUUUUUUAUUUGUCACUUUUUUCAUGUGCCAUCCUGUAUUUUUAUUGUCAUUUGAAUACCACACCACUAUGAAGUGCAGCUGUCGACAUUCCAGAAUGUCCUAUUUCAUUGAAUAAAUGUUUUUCUGUUUUUU